AUGACAGCCGAUGUAGUCAGUCAUCCACCAGUGAGUGCAUCCGAUUCUGGACGUUUCACAUCAAUUCGUACCGUACUCGGUGAAUGGAAACAGCUAUUUGAUGGAUGUAAUUUCAUCAAAAGGAAAGAACGCAGUCGAUCACGGCGACGAGAUGUGAAGGAUGCGAAAACGAAACGUGUUGCUAGUGCAUCAGUAGCACAACGGUCAUCGACGAGGAAAUCUCAGUCAACGGAGUUGUGCGUGUGUGAUUCUAUAGAAGACCAUGUGAUCGAGAAAUUCACCGCACUUCCGCCUGGUAUAGAUCCUCGUGAAUGGCUAGCAACACAUACAUUGGCAUUAUUCGAUCAUGUAAACGCAUUAUGUGGAAGUUUAUCCGAAUUAUGUACCCCAGCCACCUGCCAGUACAUGAGUUAUCCUGGGACGGCUAAAGCCUAUUAUAUCGAUGAGCGAGGAAAGAGGCAUCUCUAUUCAGCAAUGCAAUAUAUGGAUUGUGUGAUGUCAUUUUGUGAGAAGGCGAGCAGAAGUGAAGAGCUGUUCCCAACCAAAUACGGUAAUCAAUUUUCGGGUGAUUUUGAGUCCCAUAUCCGACGGGUUAUCCGCCUUCUAUGGCACUGUUGCGGGCAUUUAGCAUUGAAACACUGGGAUGAGUUGGGUCAACUUGAAUUGCGGCCGCAGUGCGCGCUUGUGAUGGCUCACUUGUCAAAGCUAAGUAAAACAUUCGCCCUACUUGAUAGUAAAGAUCAGCAGCUAAUCAACAACAUGGUACAAACGAUCCGUCCAUCUCACAUCGCCUCAUCAGGCUGUGGGGACGACACCGGCGGUGCGACAUCCCAGCGGUGGAGUCGUAUUCCAUCGUCGAAAAGUGGCAGUUGGGGUGGACACCCGACACCAGCUGUACUUACGUGUAAACCAUAUGCACAAACGUGCUAA